GCAACUCGGGCAGUGAACUUGACUAGGAUACAGACUACGAGGAUACUUGGACACAGUGGCACAGUGACUGCCGAACACAUGGCUUCGAUAACCUUUCCCCAUGCUGAACCUGGGCUACACUCUGCUCCUGCAGCCUCGUCUUCUGCAAACGACCUUGGGUACUUCGCGAGUUCCUAUGAGCCAUCAAAUGCUUCAUUUCAGAUUCAAAUGAAUCCUUUGUCGUCGCACCCACCACGUACACCUCGGACUUCUGUAACUUCUUCAUCUCAAAUAUACGGCGCCGAGGUCUAUAGUUCACAAGAAAUUUCCGAGGAGCAGACCCAUAUAGAGGUGGAGGACGUGUCGGACGAUGAAGACGAGAAAUUCCAUCAAGACGCGAGGCGUAGAAUACGCAAGGAAGCGGUGUGGAAGGAAUUGCUGACCACUGCGAACGGCCGAGACAAGACAUUCAAACUACUGCAAUACUCUAUGCGGAUGUAUCUCUUAUUCCACACAUCUGUCGCUUCGUUGGGGAACUCUAAGCGACAAUCAUGGGAGAACGCGCUCUUCAAGCGUCUCGAGACCGCAAUCGCUGGGUUCUCCCUCUCUAGAAAGUGUCUCAUUCUCUUCAACUGGCUGGCGCCAUUGAACACAAUCCUAGCUGAGAACUCGACUGACCCAUUCUCUCCGGCGAAGCCGUCAAAACGGAAACCCUUGCUUCACACGUUCCUACAUACAUCGCCGCCGGUACUAUUGGAACUUGUGAAUGGUGUCUCAGAUGAUAUUUCAACUUUCUCCAGACUGGGUCUUAUUGGUAGACGGACGGGUGAACGAGCGGGCCGUUUUGCUGAUUGGUGUUGGUUCGUCAGUACGCUUGUCAAUUUGGUGGAGAAUGGCGUUGAGCGUGGCGUAAUUCUGGAUUUGAAACACCAAGUGGAGUCACGGCUAUAUUCAGAGUCCAUGACUGGUGCCACUGCGAAAUCGAACCCAAGCGCAAAUAAAGUAGACCAGAAAGAAUUGGAGCGACUGCAGCGGCAGGAUUACUGGAUCCAAAUUACACGGAUGAAGCUUUUAAUGGACUUGAUCUAUGUUUCUUAUAAUGUCUUCCGACUAAAUCGGGCAAAGAGUCCGGUACAAACGUUUACAGGCUUGGCAGCAGCCGCACUAGGUACUGCCAAGCUCUACGAUCGACACAAAACUGCGCUCGUGAAAGCGACCAAGUUCACAUAACAUUCUUUCCAUUCCUGAGCCCAUUGUUCGUUGGCCCAUUUUACCUUCCACUGUCUGAUACCCGGUGUUAUUGUUACUUCUACCUUGUUUUCGUAAUGUUACUCUCAUCCUCUGCUUGGAACUUUGUGGUAGUAUUAUUGCGUAUAUAGAACACCCUACUGAUUCCCCUGUGCUCAAAUAGACUUCUCAUAUGCACUCCAAUAUCAACUUCCCGCCCUGGCUCUAAAUG